AUGCUGCUGCACACCACCACCUUACGAGAAACCGAUCAAUACGAACAAACAUUCGCAUCAACACACUACCCUGACUGGUCAAAACGAUGCUCGUCACAUCUGGGAUCGUCGACCCAACAACGCAAUCCUCCUCCUCCUCCUCCUCCUCUGUCACACCGAAACAACACAAUGAUCGUGUGUUCGCUCAUCAAACAAUCCACCAUCCCGCCUGAUGCCGUGCUGUACGCCCUUUGA